AACCGACCGUCGAGGACAUCGUUGUCUUCCCACUUUUACCUCACAUUCCUUUACCAUGGCUCCAUAGUCCACCACACUCUUUACACCCCCACCGGCCUCACCUCAGUCAUUCCUUGUACAUAGCACCGCCGACCGGAACACAUUCAUUCACUACACGCCCCAGAACAUCACGCGGACCGUAUACUCCUGGAAGUGAACAACACCACGCCGCAUCACCUCGAAUCACAACCACAACACGCCUUUCACGACCCUCGAGCGAUCACCAGAAGGAGAUACAGUUCAGGACACCAUACCACAGUCGACGCGUUCACGCGCAGGAGAGCAUCACACCCGGUCACACCGCGCACGGGCAGAGUCGCGGUCGCAGAAACUCAGCCUUGGAACACUGCCUCAUAUCGGAUAACAUGUAUAUCCCGCGAGCGGAGGACUCGCGCGUGCAGCGCAUGGUUGAUGGCGCUGCAGCUGGUCUUCGCAUAGUCGCCCGAUCACUGGCCGAGCGAGCCGAGUCCAACAGCAAGGAGGAUACGCCAAAUGAUCGAAUGAAGGUGCAGAACAUUGGAAUCGCUCUCGGAGUCAUCAUUCCCAUCGGCGGCGCCAUCAUUGUUUUGACCUACCUCCACCGCAGACAUGUCAAGCGACAACGCGUAGAAGACAUGAACGACCCUCACAAAUCGUUAGAUUUCGGAUUGGAAGGCCUGGGAUCAAUGCCUCCACAGGCACCCAAAAAGUCGAGAAGAGGGAAGAAAGGGCCCGAGAUGAUCGUCACAGAUUUUGGAGGACCGACAGCACACCCAUCAAAACGAGGACACGGCAUGUCAUUGGAUCUAGGCGUACCCAGCCCGUAUCUGCUCCCAGCUGGACUGCAAGGCUCUAAGGAAUCAAUACACAGCAUGUCCCGCAACUACGACGAACAUGACCCUUACCGCUCGGUCGCUAUGAUGCGACCUUCGGGCGAGACGGACAGAUUUCGCGGUGAUGAUAAGGGCUCCGUCUACUCCAUGUCCACCGGAAAUCGAUCCGCAUUACCACAGGACCGUGCCUCAUUAAUCGCGAACGCUCGUCCGAUGUCCAUCACACCCAGCAAGCGGAGCGACCCGGCAACAUCCCAUCCAUCAACACCUGCAGACGUAUCGCCCCGCGAUUCACACAGCCCGAUCUCUCGCACGCGCUCACCUCUGGCAAAACUAAGCGUGGACGAGACCGCAAUCGCCGAGAAACAGCUAGAACCAUUGCCUUCGCCUCCCACCGUGCCGGAGGUCGCGUUGAUGAUGCCUCCGCCGAGAAAGUCAUCUACCAUGCCCGUCCCUCCUCGCCAAGAUUCCAUGACCAUACCACAAAUCAACCGACCAGAAUCGAGCAAUUACGACGAGACUGACAUCCGUGGAUCUAUCAUGCCGAACGUGGUCAUCGACGAGCCAUACGACGUUGACCCAUCGAGCAUCUACGCCGACUACUCUUACGACGAGCCAGAAGACCAAGGACUCGCUCUGCACGCGCCUCAGCCACAACGACUUUCUGUUAUGGCCGCCGGCUCCCGUCUUUCCAUGGUCGAUGCUCACCGUCUCUCCACAGCAGGCGGCAAUCGUCUCUCCAUCAUGGGCGCAGGCAACAGACUCUCCGUGAUGGGCGCCCGUCCUCUCCCUGCAGACAUGCCCGAAGACAAUCCAGAGAUCCGCGCGAAUAGAAUCCGCUCGUUCUACAAGGAAUACUUUGACGACUCCAAACCCCUCCCCGCCAACGCAUACUACGAGGACGAAUUUAACAAUGACCUUCUCGAAGGGGUCGUCUACGAUCCAGAUUCCGGCGGCUUCUACGCCCCUGAUGUGAUGCCAUACGCCCAACCCGUCGGCCGCCGCGCCAUGACUCCUCCACCACGCUCAAAACCUCGCGUUUCUGGCCCGAACUCUCCUCUUCCAUACCCAGGCCAGCACGUCCGCAAAUUCUCCUCCCACUCUACCAUGUCCGGCGGUCGCGGACCAAUGGGAUACGGAGGCGGACCAGGCGCGCGCGGCAGACCGAUGGUCCCAGCCAAGAAACUCCCUCCACCAAUGCCCUUGCAAUCUCUCCCCACCCCUCACAAACUCGGCCAAGACGUCUGGAUUUCCAACCCCAUCGAUUUCGCUCCUCCGUCUUCCAUCCGAAAUGUCCAGAACGGCGCUCGUCCAGACUCACCCUUCGGCACGGCAAGACCAUACUCCCCAUCCGUCCGCGCCUUCACACCUCUCGCAUCCUCUUUCGACGCAUUAGCAGUCCUUCCAUCACCGCACGAUCUGCGGAAGAGCGGAACGUUCACGGCGUUGGACUUUGCUCCGCCGAGCAGGAUGCGGGAUCCGGCUAUGAUGGGUGGUGGAAGCGACGCGGGGAGCAUCAGGAGUAAUCGCAGUGGCAUUUCUGCGAUGCAGCACCAGGCCGUGAGAGAGGGCGCGUAUAGAGUCAGCAGGAUCCCGAAGGAGUUUGUGGCAAGUCGAGAGGAUUUGUCGGGACAGUUGAGGCCGAAGAUGGAUAUGGUUUCGAGGGCGUAGAUGGUGCAUAUUGGUGGUGACGAUGGACAUAUGGGUGUAAUUCUGACUGUUGUUUGAGCGAGGCAUAACAGCAUGGGAAUUGGAGUGGCAUUUCGUCGUUGCUGAAGGAGCGAAUGCAUUGAAGUUGCAGCGAUUUGUGGAUUAUCUCGGCACAUCAUGGGGUAUGGGCUGGGAGAUCAUUGGGAAGGAGGCUUCUUUCUGCUUCUUCUGACCGACAUGUGAACGACUGCUAUACAAUUAUAAAGGACGGUGUAUUAUUCUGUCUUUUUUCUUC